AUGGGGGAUGUUUGCUUGCUCGCACGUUUUGAUCUCGUCACUGGCUACAGUGUCGAGUACAUGCAUUGCGUGCUGCAGGGAGUGGCAAAGCAGGUGGCUGAACUGCUUUUCUCCUCGUCAAACUCAAACCAGCAUUUCUACAUAGGAACUGCGGCCACUUUGGCGAGGGUCAACGCUAGGCUUCUCUGCAUAAAGCCUCCGCAUUGCAUCACCAGGCUUCCUCGGUCAUUGUGUGAGCGGAGCUACUGGAAAGCAUCGGAGUGGCGCCACUGGCUGCUCUUCUACAUGCUCCCCUGCCGGCAGGGCAUCCUUCCAGUAGACUACUGGAAGCUGCUUGCAAAGCUCUGUGAGGCUGUCCACAUCCUUUUGAGGGACAGUAUCGCUCUUCAUGAGAUCCAACAGGCAGAGCUGCUGCUCGAGACCUUCGUUGGCCGCAGCAAGACACUGUUUGGCGUGACCUCUGCCACAUUUAAUGUGCACCAGUUGCUACACCUAUGCAACUGUGUCCGUCAGCUCGGCCCACUCUGGGCCCACUCUGCCUUCGCUUUCGAAGGGGGGAAUGGCAGGAUUGUGAAGCUCGUGUCAGCCGCGCGAGGACUCCCUGACCAGAUUUUGGAGCGGGUCGUGAUGGCUCAACAGGUUGAGUGUCUCCUGGCAACAGCGAAGUUGCCCGACAGGGAACAGGAUGUGUGCACGAGUGCUGCCUACACUAGGCCAGAAAAAAGCAACACCACGGUCGUCUCCACACAAGAUGGGGAGUACUACAAGAUUGAAAAAAUCAUCCUGUUGUCACUUCCCGCCCAGACAUGUGUCCUCCGCUGCCGUCCAAUUGUCCUGAUGGAGGAAUCAUGCAUGCCACCGCACAUCAAGGAAUGUUUUCUUUCAGAAAGCGAGGCCCUGACCGUCCUACAGCCCAGUAGUAUCAAGGACAGCUGCCUGUAUAUAGACUUUGUCAGUGAAAACAAGUCAUUUGUGUGUGAUCUACCAAACAGCAUUGAGAGGGAUUAG